GCAGUCCGAACAGAUUCAUUGUCGAGGAAGGAUUACAUAUAUUGUGCACAUGCUCUAUUCUGUACAAUAGAGCGUACAUCAUAUCGUAGAGUUAUGGAGCUCGAGAGGUUCGUUGCAGUGCUGGCAAUUUGCUGUACCGCUAUGACCUUCAUGGGGGCUUUCAAUUUCUGUUUGGAACACGUGUCGAAUGUUGUGGUUUUGACCAGGGGGAUGGGCUUGUUGUUUACGCUGCUCUCGACGGGUAUGAAGAUCUGCGUAUUUCUACACCAUCAAAAAGACCUCAUUCAUCUGAACCAGCACUUAUCGGCACGUUUCUUGGACGACCUGCAAAACAAAGCCUACCAGUCUCACGUCCUCGCUCGACUGCCAGCCUUCUCCGAGCUUUUCUACUCGUUGACAUACACCAUCGGCUCCACCGCUUUUCUGACAACCAUCCUCAUUCCUCUACUGGCACUGCGACACGGCAAGUACAUACAAGUAUGUCCCUCGAUCUUUCCCUUCGAGUACGCGCCCGGAGGUCUGGUUUACUGGUUACUUCAACUCACCGAAGCCUUGGCUGCUUUCUUCGUCUGGGCGGUGACCAGUGGAGUGGACUCCGCAUUCGGACUGUACACCCUGCAGAUGUGCGGGGAGUUGAGGAUACUGGGAAGCAAGUUCGAGAGUCUCAGAGUUUCGGACAAGUACAGAGAGGAGCUGAGGGAGUGCAUCGAGAGACAUCACUUACUCAUGAAGGCGAGAGAUUCGAUGGAGAAGACUUUUGGCUUACUGGCCAUAUGGCUGGCGGUCUCCAGUGCGGUCAUUCAGUGCACCCUCGUCUUUCAGGCGAUGGAGGUAGCCAAAAGUAUGAAUCCAUUGAGGAUCGGCUUCUUUUUCCUUUACAUCGUUCUCAAGCUCUUGCAAGCUUUCAUGUACGCCUGGUACGGAAAUCUCAUCGCUGAGGAGAGUGCGAUGUGUUUGAACGCGAUCUACAACGCCAGAUGGGCGGGCUGCGGUAACAGCAGAUUCAUGACCGACGUGCUGAUCAUCUUGUCGCAGAAGCCGUUGGUUUUCACAGCCAAGGGAUGCGUGUCUCUCAAGAUGGAAAUAUUCUCAAAAAUUGUCAAUACUUCGGUGUCGUACUUCUUUCUUCUGCGUACGCUGGAUGAAGGCUCGCAAAAUUGAAACGGCAACUAGUGCAGGGGAACAUACAAGUGCGUAAUAUUAUACACUAAUUGUUAUAUACAAAAAUAAAUAAACGACUAAAAUGUUGAUGGUAA